UUACUCGAUUGUGAUUGGCUCCUGUCUUCUUUGUCUCUUCCUUUUUUUUUUCUUGCAACUUUGCGCUUUCAGACGUUCAAAAAGACUCGAUUCUCGAGAGAUCGACUGUGCACCUUUGGACGCCAUGAAGGAUACCACCAAUGUUCAAAGAGCCCAUAAUAUGAUCCAAGCGCUGCCAUCCAUGUCCAAGACGAUUGUCGACGACACGCUUUACGAAAAAGUGUUCUCGUUUCUCGCUUCUUUCCUCCGCCAAGAUCCUGAUCAUGUUGCGCUGAUGGACGAGUGGAAUAUCCUCGAUAUUAUAUACAAGACGUGUGUUCAGUCGGAUCAAGAUUACAGAAUCAUUGCGCUGUGCUUUCGAUUAUUGGGUUCGUUUGCUGCGGUGUGCAAAAAGGAUGAGUUGCAAUCGAAGCUUUUCAACGACUAUCGGCCUCUACUUGACAAUGUCACCUUGGGUUUACGUACCUAUGAUGCCGCCCUGCGUUGUGCUUCACUCGAAGCUUACAGAGGAUUUGCCGCGUCUCUCAAAGGAACGGAAUGGAUUCUGGAGAAUGAUCAUGCCAAGAAUCUGAUAUCGAUUGCUUUAAUGGAUCAGAGCACAUUUGUUGUAUCAGAAAGCUGCAAAUUUUUCCUCGCGCUGAUCGAAAAGAAGGAAUGUAUUCAGGAACUGGGUCAAGACCAUGCACAUAAAUUGAAUCAGCUGUGUGAUACGGUGGAUCCUUCGAAUCAAAUCAAAAGCUUGCUGCAUGCAGGCACUGAGCAAGAUCUGUUACUGUCGGCUUUGGAGUUUUGCUGGACAAUGACCAACUCCAAAACGACGGCUACUUUUGAAUAUCUGCAAAAAUCGGUCUUGUUGAUCAAUAUGGUGAGCCUCUUGGAUGAUGCACGACGUAUCGUACGAGCCAAAGUCCUGGAUAUCUUGUCGAUUGUCUUUGAAGCUUCCAGCGCACCGUUGGCGUUAUUAAGCGCAGAUCACCUUUCAACAGAUUCGGCAACAGGUUCAGACGAACUGGGUCCAGCUUUUGAUUUUAUAGUUACGCUCGCUAUCCGCAAGAUACAGGCAUCGGUGAAUGUGGAUUCGGUAGUGACAGGCACAAGCUUACUUGAACGGUCGUUGGUCUUGUUGAAGCGACACCCAGACACGGACAAAAUCAUUCAAGUCCGCUCGGUUUUGGUACACAUGCUCCAUGCAAUACUUUACGAAAACAAUCUCGAUGGUCAAUUUUCUCAGUUGGCAUCCUUGACACAGACUAGCCGUCGUCCAGAGUUUGCAAAGAGAGCUAUCGCGCGAGCUACGCUACGUGCCCUGGAUUCCCACAAAAACUUGUUCCCACUAUCAUCAGAGAAUGAAGCCGAUCUCAUUGGAUGCCUAUUAGACUUGUUGAAUGAUCCGCAACAGACCUACAUAAGCGAACAGCAGAUUCUAAAAUACAUUCUGAACCUUCUUUUGGCAUCAGCAAAAGAAAUGCUGGACCGUAACCCAUACAAUCCAAGCCAAGACAAUAUCAAAGAUAUAGCCGGCUCUAUCAUUCGUGUGAUCAGUCUGGCUGAUUUGGACUGCAAUAAUGUCACGCAUUGUUUGAACGCAUUCACGUCACUGAUAGCCGACGCUAACAGUGAAAUAGUGGAUGAAAGCACCUGUCAUUCUUUUAUUACUGCUGUCAAUUUGAAGGUUCUAGAUAUGUCAUGGGAUGUUCGUGAUGCUGCGGUCGAAUAUAUCGGUAGUCUUUUUGGCGAGUCAUCUUCCGAUCAUUUGAAAUCUUUUGCUAUCCGACAUGAUUUGCCACACAAAAUAUUUCAGCGAAUCAAUGAUGGCGAAUCUUAUGUCCGAGCAUCCGCUCUUCACGCGUUCCAGGUCAUGUUGAAAAGCACGGAAGGAUGGGGCUACAUUCAGCAACACCCGGAAUGUCGCGAUAUAUCGGCCAAGUUACCUAGCCUAUUGCAUGAUUCCGAGGCAUUUGUACGACGUGCUAGCUUGGAUGCCAUCACUGCACUCGUUGCCAAUCGAUCCUGCCAAGGCCUCGAGCUGGAGUCUGGACCGACAAAAAGCAAUGAAUCUUUAAACGCACACACCAUUGCCAAACUCAUGGAUGACCCUGACUCGGAAGUCACCAUAAGAGCCUUGUUCUUAUUGCAACAACUGUGGGAAUGGCACAGACAUGUGCAAGCGCAAAAGAAACGACAGAAGUCGAUGGAUCCCAAGGAUCAUGCAGAUUAUGAGUCCCUCCCCUUUUUCUAUACGGUCAAAGGAGAUGAUUGGCUGAUCGAAGCUUCGACGGAUACGCAACGUCUGGUACGUGCGGCCGCGCUUCAGGUGAUUCAGGAUAUCUUGGAAAACACACCGACAAUGUCAUCUCAAAAUGUCAAACGAACAAUAAUGGAAGACGAUGACGAUAGAGACACUCAGUUCUUGGCAAGAUUAGCCGCCAUCGACCUUGACAAACUCAAGCAAACCGUGGAUCCCGAGCACAUUUAUCAGGAAGCGUUUGACAUUAAUGCGCAUAUGAUGACCAAGUCCAUGGAACCUCUUAAUCCAGAAGAUGACGUGAAUAUGCUCGACUGCUACUAAGAGAGAAACUUUUUCUUUUUCCGAACGACGCUGGAUAUGUUUUUGGAUGCCAGAGGACGGUAGAUAAAACAAAGAAAAAGUAUAUAUGUACAUUGUAAGCCAUUGUAGAUACUGUAUACUAGCUUGAUCAGUAAUUAAAAAUA